AACCCAAAUAUCAUCUGUGGUGUUUAUUUCAUUAAAGUCAAUCAUGGGGCGCUGGAUGAAACCAGAGGUAUAUCCACUUGUAGCAGCCACAAGUGUAGCUGUUACUAUGUGUGUAUUCCAAUUGCUUCGGAAUUUGGUAACAAAUCCUGAUGUCAGAAUUUCAAAAGAAAAUCGUCACACUGAAGUUCCAAAGAAUUGGGAAGAGGGAAAGAGAUAUGCAGAAAAUGGAAUGAGAAAAUUUGUGCGCAAAAGGGCUCCUGAGGUUAUGCCUUCUAUGACCUCACUCUUCCAUAGCAUAUCUAAGUGAACGUCAAAUAUCAUGAAUAAAGUGGAAUGUAAUCAUUGAUGCUACAAAUGUUUGUGUUUUUGUAUUGAAAAAAUUAUUUGGUUUGUAAUGUAUAGUAACGUUGAAGCAUCUCACAGUGAUGCAAAGUUUGGAAUACAAAUGUUAGUAGGUAUAUGUUCUGAACUGUUUAUACAUAGGGUGGCAUAUUAUUAUAAAUAAACAUUGUUUAAGAUGCAGAUUGAUUGUUAUGGAUUAAUGA